CACUUCAUGCCUGUCAAACGGAUUCAAAUUCCACUGUAACAACAUCCAAAACAAAUGCAACAUUUUAUAACGCAGAAUAGUACCACCAGUUUCUAGAAAUAAAGGAAAGUAAUAAUUAACGAGAAGAAUUUAAAAUUUCUCAUACCUCGCGGUACCCGAGAAAGUCCCCCUCUUAUCCAGUUCUGUGAAAGUGUGUGAUGGAAUUCCGCCAAAAGACAACAUAAACAUUCCAUCCUGUUGGGUGACAUUUUCCAGCGAAACUGGACCCGUUUUUCCCGUCCUACCCACAGCUGUUCGAUAGCAAAAGCGGGAUAAAAAAAAGAACAGAAGCAGUUGUUUAGAUGACACAAGGGCAGAGCGACAGUGGGCACAUUUUCCUGAGACGCCAUUCCCGUGCUCAAUCCAGUUGUUUUUCUCAUUUUUUUUUUCACCCCGCAAUCUCCCAUCUAAAACACGGAGUGUGUGUGUGUCGGUGAGUCAUCACCACCACCCCGCACCGGAUACAAUCAACCGCCGCCAGUCCAAGCUGCAAUCAAACCGAAAUGUAAUCGCUGUACAACCAGCAACAAUUGCGAGCUUUUCGCGUCUGCACGCCGACGAUGUGAGUGAGCUUGCCAGUGCGAGCACAACCAAAAGUAGCAAAAACAACCAGUGUGUGUGUGUGUGUGUGUGCCAAGACAAAGAGGGGGGCAAGAAGAUGGGCAGCCAGGCGUCCAGCAUUUCGCAGCGCAUUUUGCCGGCCGAUGCGGUCGACUCGCUGCAGUUCGAGAUCAAAAAGCAGGUCCACAUCUUCUCCGAGAUCAACAACCUCGGGUACGAAGACUUCCAGAAGUGUCUGGCCGAUCUGAACCGACUCUCCCGGAAGUGUCUCGACCCGAACGGGAAGCAGCUGGUCUUUGCGGUGAAGAAGGGCACGGACAACUCCAUCCUCUGGAAGCGGACGGUGCGCAUCGCCUGCGUCAAGAUCGACCCGGAGACGCGCAAGAUUGACUGCUUCAAGCUGCUGACGCUGCAGCAGUUCCUGCAGGUGUUCCGCACCUUCCAGACGAACCUGCACGCGAUGGUGACGGUCGAGAGCCAGCGGAUACACAGUCCGGGCGCGAGCCCGUCCCGGUCGAGCACCGGCAGCUCCGCCACCGGGCCGCCGGACACGCCGCCGUCGGCCAAGGUGGACGGGGCCGGCCCGUCCGCUGCUGCUGCUGGCGCCGCCCGGCCACCGCCGGAGAGUCCUGCUCGCACCGCCACGCCCACCACCGUCCCGCUGUCCAGCUCGGCCUCGACCUGCUCGUCGUCGGGCGGCGGCACGUUCGUCUUUCCCGACUGCACCACCGCCUCGAUCCUGAUGGCGCAGGUCGAUGCGAUCGCGGCCGGCCCAGCGGACGCGACCGACCACGCCGACGAGUGCUGCAUCUGUCUCGAGCGCCGGCCGGAGGUGUCGCUGCCGUGCGCCCACAGCUACUGCAUGCCGUGCAUCGAGCAGUGGAACAUCCACCAGAAGACGUGCCCGAUCUGCGACGAGGCGCUCGCCAGCACGGACGACACCUGGGUCCUGUCCGAGAUGCCGGAAGCGAACGAGGUGAGCGAGGAGAUCUGCGCCACGCUGCUGAAGCUGUCGAACGAGCCGGUCGCGGACGACGACGACGACGGCGACCGGAACUGGCUGCGCCGGAUGCUGGACUUGUGAUUUGGCCUUUGGGAGGGGAGGAGAAGGGAUAGGGUAGGGUUGG